AUGGAAGAUAAUGGAGAGCCUCUGGAUCACCCUGAUAAUAGGAAAUAUGCGGAACACGUGCGCCGACACGGAAUCAAACAAUUCAUUCAUAACUACAACAAAAACAAAGACAGAAUCGACCGGUGCUUCAAAUGGGGCGAUGAGAUCGAGUACGUGAUCGUCAAGUUUGACCACAACUACCAAAAAGUUCGCUUAAGUCUUAAGCCAAAAGAUAUUCUGGAGGUUAUGUAUGAGAGGGAAGAACGGGAGGGUGCGAAUCGACAGGUGCUGUGGAGACCAGAAUACGGAAGUUUUAUGAUUGAGGCCACACCGGGACAACCGUACGGACAUAAUAACGAAGGAAAUGGCAUUAAGUCAGCGAAUAAUUUGUAUAAUAACGUGGAGAACAAUAUGAGGGAAAGGCGUCGGGAUAUGAGAGAUAUGCUGGAAGAGGACGAGGCACUGAUCGCUCUGUCAAACUUUCCCAGGUUAGGUUGCGAUGACGUGACUGUGCCCCACAGCUCACCGGACCCUCUGAACAGCUCGACGGGCAGUAUAUUUGUUUCGGACGACUUGACAAACAGCGCUCACCCGAGAUAUGUGAAGACCGGUUAUAAUAUAGUUCAGCGCAGGGGUCGUAAAAUAGCCAUUAAUAUCCCGAUUUUCAAAGAUACCAAUACUGCCGACCCUUUCAUUGAGUUAUUCAAUGAUAAGGAGUCGAAUAGAGCGGCAAAAGCCGAUCACAUCUAUUUGGACGCACCGGUGCUGGGAAUGGGAUGUUCUUGUUUGCAGGUAACAAUGCAGGCGACCAGUAUAGAGGAGGCAUUUGUGAUGAACGAUCAGUUGACACCUUUGACCCCUAUUAUGAUGGUAUUGAGUGCAUCCACUCCCAUAUUUAGAGGUUAUUUAUCAGACAAGGAUUGUAGAUAUGAUGCUUGCUCAUAUUCAAUGGACGAUCGCACACAUGAAGAAAUGGGCGAAAGACCACUUAAACAUAAUAAAUACAGAAUUCAUAAAUCCCGAUGCGCUCCCAUUAACACAUAUUUGUGUGAAUCUAAUGCUAAAUAUAAUGACAAUCCUAUUGUGUAUAACAAGGAGUAUUACGAUGAGAUGAUUAAUGCUGGAGUCCCACAACCUCUGGCCCAACACAUCGCAUACCUAUUCAUAAGAGACCCGACGAUUACAUAUCGCGAGAAAUUGGAUCAAAUCGAUGAAACAGAUUGCGAUCACUUCGAGAACAUUCAGUCAACCAAUUGGCAGACAAUGAGGUUUAAACCGCCGCCGACUAACCAACCGUCCAUUGGCUGGAGAGUGGAGUUCCGUCCGAUGGAGAUCCAGAUGACUGACUUCGAGAACGCGGCUUAUGCUGUGUUUGUCGUACUUUUGUCACGAGUUAUACUGAAAUAUAAACUUAAUUUCAUUAUUCCUAUCUCUAAAGUCGAUGAGAAUAUGAGUGAAGGCCAGAAAAGGGAUGCCAUCAAUAGAUCUAAAUUCUGGUUCAGAAAAGACAUCUUCAGCUCAAAUGAAUCACAAAAUACAUUAAAUAAUAAUUGCAAUUAUAAUGAGUCCAAUAAGAAGUGUAAGAUUGAAGAAGAAUCUUAUAUUCAGAUGACUAUCAAUGAGAUAAUCAAUGGUUACGGACAGGAAUUUCCGGGAUUAGUGCCACUAAUGAGAGAGUAUGUGAAUAGUAUAUCACUGGACGCCUACACCUCCUGUAAAGUCCAACAGUAUAUCCAAUUGAUUGCCGACAGAGCGUCGGCUAAACUCCAGACAAACGCCCAAUGGAUCCGACAUUUCGUUCGCAAACAUAAUGACUAUAAAUACGAUUCUGUGACAAACGCCCAAUGGAUCCGACAUUUCGUUCGCAAACAUAAUGACUAUAAAUACGAUUCUGUGGUCAACGAUACCAUCACUUAUGACUUACUCUUCACUUUAAAUCGCAUUCAAAAUGAAGAUUUAAUUGUCAAAGAAUUG